CCCCCAGUGCAAGCACUCUUUGGGGAGCAAGGAGAUUCGGAACAGUGGUUGGGUCGUACUUCCAGUGUGCUUCUUCUGAGGUGAAUUCGGAGUCCCUUGGUCUGCAGCCCAGUCUCCGAGUUGCACUGGGCCAUCACGGCUCGGCUGCUGGCUUUCGAAGCUGUUGGUCCAAGCCGGUUGCAGGUUGGCGCAGUCUUCGUUGUGGUGCCAAAUCUGGGAAGUCCGUAGCGCCAGCCGCAGAGAGCGAUGCGGUAUACAGGUGCCCUCUUGCUGUUUCUCUUUGCUCGCCCGCGUUGCGCAGGAUCCACACGGUACACCUCGGAGCACAGGUCUGGAUCCGAUUCCGAAGCUGGGGUCAGUGGUGACAGAUCCAGCGAGGAGUGGAAGUGGUGCAACCCUUGGUCCGAGGAAAGCACUCGCACGUACCACUUCCAGUCGGUGGAGGAGGACGGCGACCCCACGGCCAUCGCGUUCGUGCGCGACAAGAACAAUGCGAGGCUGCACUUUUACAAACAUACAGAAUGGACCGCGAAGUACGAGAGGUAUUACGUUCGGGUGAGCACUGAACCAGUGAAGAAAUACCGGUCUCAAUGGCAGCCCGCCGUCCCUUUGGGCUCCAAGCGGCCUUAUGAGCUUGCCACUGUGUAUCUGUCAGCGCAGCAUUUGGACUACGUGCGGUGCGUGCCUGUGUCCACUCCUGAUGGGGCCAAGUCGUGCCUGUUGGAGAUCAAGAGCCAGGGCGUGAAGAACGAGUUCUUUGGGGGCAUGUAUUAUUCACGUUUCUAAUUGUUAAUAGGGAACAGUGAUAAACCCCUCCCCGUAGGGGAAGAGGGUUUGUUUUGGAAGAGGGAAGAGGAAUCUCGUUAGACCACCUGCGCCCAGAGGGCUAGUGGGAUUUCCCCGAUUCCCUGGCCAGGCAGGCGCUGCGGCACUUCAAGGAUGGCAAGGCCGCUCAGUCGCUGAUGUCUCCAGUUCCCAAUUGUACCACUCAGCAUUUCGACGUCAACGUUCGGAAGGGCUCGGAGGCGGAGACCAAUUGCCAACUGCGCGUCGCCGCAACAAUUGAAGCCGCAUUUCGGGACAGCAGCUUUGACUCCAGCGAUUGGAAGUUCAACGAUGGCCGGAAUAUAGGAAUUUAUGCGAGCAUGGGCGGCGGAUUCAUGCUUGGCAUGGUCGCUGGAGGACCCAUCGGCGCGUUGGUAGGAACAGCGAUAACUGGCACCACGGUGGGAGUAGGCGCUCUAUAUCAGUACCUCAUGGGGCAGAAGGACAUAGCCUUGAGCGCAAGCGAUAAGAUCUUCGAGAAGCUCCGCUGCAUGAGCAUGUUCUCAACGUGCGGUAACGGCGCGCUUGUGCCGAAAGGGAAGCCGUGCCCACUGUUCUGAGCGCAGCGCCUGCGCGACAGUGUCGAAGAAACUAGACUGGCACUCCAAUCGAAACCGAUAGUAAGGAUGCGCGGCAGAAUUGGAGCC